AUGUCAGCUUCUAUUAUAGUUAACAUAAAACUCAAUCUCGGUCGUUAUGGUUUGUCAACAUUAAUUGUGCUCGGUAAUGUGGGCAAUAUUUUAACGAUCCUUAUAUUUAUACGAGCAUUAAAAAAGCAACUGAAUUCAUGUACAAUUUAUUUGUUAGCUACUUCAAUUACAAAUUGGGUUUUGAUUAAUACCGCACUUAUCUCCUCGGUUUAUGGUGUUGAUCAUGUUGAUCCACAAAAUGCAUCAAUUAUUGUAUGCAAAUUAAGAUGGUAUGGUGCACAAAUAUUAUUAAUGCUUUCACGAAGUUUUAUGGUAGUUGCAUGUAUUGAUCGAUGGGCUUUGACUUCUUCAUAUGCUAGAAUUCGAUAA